UGGUGCGCCGCGCAUCGAUCCCGCAGGGACGCGCACGCGCUGCCAACGACUACAGCCGACCGCUACCACCACCGGCGGCGCGCAACGACGACGGCGACGACCACGACGCCGCGUCCCUACGCCGGAGCGUCGGUGCCGAGCGACUCCCGGCGUCCGCUCAACAAGUGUCUUCUGUAUUGUUGUGCCCGCUAAACCGAACACAACGACCGUUGCUCGGCGCCGAUCGCGGGUGCGCUCUCUUUUUUUUUCAUUUCCAUUUACCUCUUUUUCUCUCGUCGUUUUCUCCCCCCACCCCCCUCCACAGUCCCUUGCGUUUCGCUUCCCGCCCCUCUGACCUUCCCCGACGACGGUCUCCGUCCAUCCACGCGCUCUCACGCUCGUCAUCUCUCCGCCUCUGUCCACAUCGCUAUUUCUCGUAACUCGUUCUGUCCGCGUCUGUCCUACACCUUCCCCGUUUCCAAAUCAGCCCGGAAGGAGACGUCACGAUCAAGAGGAAGUGGAAACCGUCAGACCCUGCAGGAACGCUACGCGAUCGCUGCUUGGGCGUAUAACUACGGUCACAGACGGCGGCGGCGGCGGCGGCGGCGACGACAACGACGACUUUGGACGACGCAGGUUCGACAAAGUCGUGGUUGUGCAACCGGUGGACGAGACAGUGGUAUUUACCAUCGAAUUGUACUCCUCACGUCGACGCCAAACGAGUCGAAACAGACAUGGUUGGCCAAUAAAAGUCGUUCGCCCCGAGGAGACUUCUGUUGCAGUUUGAACGACAAGCUCAAUUUGAGCGAUAAGCAAUAUUUACCUGUGUAGGUAAUCGUUUGUCGGCUUCCCUGACGGAUCUGCGAAAGCGCCGAACAGGCAUACACAAAAACGCGACUACUGUAUCCAUUACGGCAAUAAUAAUGAUAAUUAGCAAUAUUAUAGUGAUAACGGAACGUUAGUAUUGAAUUUUUUUUUUCCCGAACGAACGAAAAGCAAUAAUAUAUGUAUUAGGUAUAGGUAAUCUAUUAGUGUACGGUAUACAUUAAUAUUAUAAUCAGUACAGACAGUAUCUGCAGAGCGAUAAUCGAUUAGUGCUCAAUUCAGUCUAGAUCUGUUUUUUAUUUUAUAUAUUUAUAUUAUAUAUAAGAGGAGAAUUUUUUUCUCACUUUACUCCGACGACGAUUCAACUACGUUACCAUGCCCCGAUACUACGCGGUGAAGAAAUUGGGACCAAAACUGAUGUUUCACCAACAACAGCAGCACCAACAACCACAGCAGCAACAACAACAACAAAUAUUAUUUAUACACCAGCAACAAAACCAGACGGUCAAGGACGAGCUAGAGGACGAUGAGUGCAGCAGUUCCAGAUCUGGUACCGAAUCUCCGCCACCGUUCACCGAUCCCACGUCGGUGAAACUCUACAAGCCUCUGGAAUCCGUCACCAUGUCUAAACACAAAGAUUAUUUGAAGUAUUGUUAUGAGCUGGAUCAAAAACAAAAUUUGUUCAAGGAGCGAAGCAAAGAAGAAACGGAAGCCGCUCAUGACUUGCUCGAACUCUCCAGAUCGUUGCCGCCACUGCCGCCUCCGAGUACUGUGACCAUCGCCGCACCUACACCACCCGAGACACCUCUAGGCUCGGGUGUAGGUGAUGGGUGCCCAGCGUCUCCGCAAUUCGUGUACGUGUCCGCCGCUGUAUCGGCCGCGCCGCUUACACCGCCCGCUUCAGAGUAUUCGUCGGAUGCUGAAAACAUACCAGCGGACGCGGGAAGUGGGACUUCGAACGCCUCGGCCGUCGUGGUGGCCACGGCCACGGCUACCACCACCGUCUACAGCCUGAUCGAUUACGUAAUCGAGAGGAGCGACGGUGGUGCGUACGAUCCGUUGCUGUCCAGAGACUUGAACGUCAAGACCGGCAAGACGACGACCGCGGAACACCGUCGGUCGACCUCCACCACUACUACCACCACAACCACCCAGGUCGUGGUUGGAUGCAACUCCGGCAACAAAGCCCGUUACACGUGCACGGAUUGCGGCAAGCACUACGCGACGUCGUCGAACUUGUCGCGGCACAAGCAGACACACCGGAGCCUGGACUCGCAGUCGGCAAAGCGGUGCAACGCGUGCGGCAAAGCGUACGUCAGCAUGCCCGCGCUCGCCAUGCACCUGCUCACGCACAAGCUGUCGCACGCAUGCGGCGUAUGCGGCAAGAUGUUCAGCCGGCCGUGGCUGUUGCAGGGCCACCUGAGGUCGCACACCGGCGAGAAGCCGUACGCGUGCGCGCAGUGCGGCAAAGCGUUCGCGGACCGGUCCAACCUGCGCGCGCACAUGAUGACCCACUCGGGCGACAAAAACUUCGCGUGCCACUGGUGCCGCAAGUCGUUCGCGCUCAAGUCGUACCUGAACAAGCACCUGGAGGCGGGCUGCGCGCCGGCGGCCGCGGUCGCCGCCGCUUCACCGUCGCCGUCGUCACCGUCGUCGCCGCAACAGCCGCAGCAGCAGGACGACCGGGACACGGCCACCCGGGACGGAUAACGUCGUCGAGCGGCGCCGCAGCAGCAGACGCCCCGGCGGACGUCGGUCAUACGGUUCGCCGCCGCCGCAGUCGCCGACGCCGCCGACGAGAUCCAAGUGUUGUCGGACUAAUGACACCGACGACGACGAUCGACGGAGCAGCCGCCGCCGCCUCCGAAGUAAAAAAAACACGUUUAAUAAAUAACGUAAACGAUUUUGACGAUUUUUUUCAAUUUUUAUUUUCAUUAUUUUCUAUCACCCCCCGAAAGACACGGAACAGACAACUGUGACACCAAAUAUAAAAUAAUUAUAUUAUUAUUUUUUAUUAUUAUUGUAAUGGUAGCGAUACGACUACGAUAUUAUUGUAAAUUUAGUUUUUAAUGUAUCGACGUAACGGUACUUAAUAUUAUUAUUAAGGACAUAUAUAAUAGGCAUGUGUAUGAGGAUAGGUUUCACGUAUUUUUUAUUAUUAUAUAUUACUAUAGUUGAUAGCAGUAUUAUCGCCUAGUUUAUAAGAUAACGCAAUAUUAUUAUUAUUAUCAUCAUCAUCAUCAUCACCACAGCCUGUGCCUAGCAGUACCUCCGAGCGCGCGCAAUUUAUUUACCGGUUCGCCAAUAUCGUAAUAAUAAUAUUAUAAAUAAUAAUAUAUAGGUAGACUAGUGUGUGUUUUCAAACAAGCAAUAAUAUUAAUGUUUUGUAAACAUUAAACAGUGUUAGGCUGAUAGUAUAUUUUUAGAGAAACGUUUUUUUUUUCUCAUCGUCAUAUUGAUUUUAUAUAAUAUGCCGAUCCCCAUCGUGUGUAUGUUUAUUACACGGUUUUUUUUUCUACGACAAUUUUUACGGUUUGACGACGACGGCGACGACUUUAAUAAUAUUAUAUUAUCAGAUUGAUAUGAAUUAUUACAUGUCCGUACGACAGCGAUCGCGCUCGACCAAUGAUACAACGAUAUGAUUUUAAUAGACUUUUUUUUUCAAUAAUAUUACUAUGCUUUUCGAGCCGUUUUUGGUUUUUGACUAUUGGGCGGAUAUUAUGUAACAAUUCAAUAAUAUUGUUAUAUGAUAUUCAGGAAAAUAUUUGCUCAAAUAUUGCAAGGUGAACAUACGUAAUACAAAUAUAUCAUGUUUUUUUUUCGUUUUACUUUUUAUACAAACCUUUACAUAAUAUUAGACGCGCGAUGAAUGUUUAAAAACCGUUUGGUGUAAUAAUAUAUUUUGUGUAUUGCUCGAUAGUUGAAAAUUGAAAUCUAACGGAGAAGUUUUUUAAAAUUAUGUUCGCGCACGUGGUAAAAGUAUACUUAGUAAGUCGUAGUAUUUCGAUAAAACUUCUAUAUAUUAUUAUAAAAAUAUAUGAUUAGCGUCAUCAUCAUUAUAAUACCACUCUGUGGACAUUAAUUUAACUAAAAAAACCAACCAAAAUUAUGUACAAAUAUUUCAUUAUUACAUUACAUUGUUUGAACACGACAAAAUAGGAUUGAAUAAUACAUUAGCAGGCUGUGAUUUUGGAUUAAACAAGUAUUUUAAAAUUUUAACUGAUGGUUUGAAUGAUUUUCGUACUAUAUCGAAAGAGAUUUUAAUUUGAUUUUUACACUUAAGUUUCAAAAAAAAAAAAAUAAUAAAAAAAUACGAAAACGCGUUUAUUUAGCAAAAUUUUUAUUACUUAUAAACUUUUACGAUAGUGUAUUUUAGAGUGAUUAUACAUAAUAUUAUAAAUUUUACCAUUUUUAAAUUUAAUCAAAGGCUGAGUAUAAACAUAAUAUGUAUAGAUUAUAGUGAAUAAUAGUUAGGUAGGUAGGUCCGUCCUUUCCCGCUGUUGAGAUGAUUAUCUGAAAAUUGUAGGUGGCCGUCACAUGAAAAAUCGGAUUUAUUUCUACACGCGGUUGCGUAUUCUUAAUAAUGAAAGUAGUAUUUUACACCACGAAAUAAAUUUUUGAAAAUCUGUAAAAAACGGCUUUUUUAAUGAUAUCAUUUCGAGCCCGUAUUAUUUCUAAGUGUGGCGUUCAGCGAAAUCACACGACGGGCGACGAGGGACGUCGUUAAAAAGACGUUUACGAAAUGCACGACUUUGGUCGACGAUUCAGACUAAUUGUUAUUAUGCUCCGUGGUUCAGUAUCAGUGUCUCAUCCGAAUUAAUGAUCCGAUCGUUAAUCGCACACCAAAAUAUUCGUUAUCGAAUAUGGCCAAUAAAGGUCUAAAACCUGCAACCGCCGCAACGUUAUUGUUUCCGGAGACGAUAUUCUAUUAUCAUAAUUAUUAUUACUAUUAUUAUUAUUAUUAUUACUUCAGUCUAGAAAUUGAAUUCCCGUCAGUGACGUUCGCAGCGUCAUCCAGCACUACGUUGUACGAUGGUCGUGGUACAAAUACCACAAUAAAAAAACUACUUUUUGUUUCAAAUUAUUUUUUUCAAGUACUUUUUCCUGAAAAUCCAAGCGCAUAGGUACAUAUUAUGCAUUUUUAUUGCGUCGAAUUGUAUUUCAUUGUUAUUAUUAUUUUAUAUAUUUUUUUUUUUUUUACAGCAUUUAAUUCCGCACAAUAGUAAGCAACUAAUAUAAUAUACUAUUAUAAUCCUUGUAACUGCAUAAUAUAUUUUAACAGAUUUUAAGUCUUAAGUCAGUUAUUCCAUGUGUUGAUACCGUCUCGGUCGAUGACAGAUGAUUUCUCUUCAAUUCCGAGCUUAUACGCUGCUGAUCCUAAUAUCAUCACGCCACAACAUUGCAAUAAUAUUAUGUUCAUCUCGAGAUUUCAGAAAAUCGUUUCCGACGACCAUCCGUACCACGGCGAUCGACAGUAUCGCAAUACUUUUAUAUAUCAUUAGACAUUUUUAUAUAUUAUACGAUAUAAUGUUAGGUAUUCUAAGUUACCGCGUUAUCAUUAUAUUUUGUAUUUUAGGAUUAAACGCGCGCAAUAGUAUACACACGAAGCUUCCAAUAUUUUUUAGGUACGGCACGGUGUGCUCGCUACGCGUUGGCGUAUAUAGAAAGACUUAUAAUAAUAAUAAUAUAAAUAAUAUAUUAUUAUUAUAACUUUGGCAAUAUUAUCAUAAUGUUAUUAUUAAUUUAAAACGUAGAGAGAGAGAGAUGAAUCGUAUUUUUUAGUAUUUUAUUCUUGGUAGUAGUUUAAUUUAUAUAAUAAUAUUAUUAUCGUACUAAACGUAUUAAUAUGAUAUCAAUUCACAUAUUAUAAUAUACGUAUACACAAAUACAUAUUAUUAUAUUAUUAUGUGUAUACGUUGUAUUUGCUUUACCGUUUAAUCAUUGUACUCUGUAUAUAAAUUUAGUAUUAUAAUAAUAAUAUAAUAAUCACUACGCAUUUACGUAAGAAAAUAUAGAUUUAGGCGCGGCGCGUAUUUACCAAUUUGACAUUGCGCAGUGUAUGUGGUAAUAACUUAUUAUUAUCAUCGUCAUCAUUAUCAUCAUUAUUGAUUAUAUUAUUUAACGUUUAACUAAUAGAUAGGGUUUCGGAACAUGAUCUAUGAGACUAUAAUAUUAUAAACCAUUUAUAUAACCACGAUUUGUAAUGCUCAAUAAAAUUUUAAAUGUUUAGUUUUGUAUAACGCAACGAUAUAAUAUUAUUACUAUUAUUAUUAUUCUUAUGAGAUAAUAUAUCGUACUGAUUUGUGAACGAGAACAAAAUACGUUCAUAUCCGUUUUAGCUGUAAUGUUUAUCAUAUUAUUGUAUCGUGAGUAAUCGCGUCGUACUAUGACUAGCCUCAUUACGAUGCUUAUUGUCACACCGCCACCGCCAUCAUAAAUAUUAUUACUAUUAUUAUUAUUAUUAUUAUUAUAAUUAGACGUAUUUAAGAAUUUUUUUUAACGUAAUUUUUUCUAGCGGGUUUUUGCCGAUUUAUUUAUUUUUUAUUUGAAUAUACAUUAGUUUUUAAGUCACGCUUUAGUCGUAUAGGUAUUUGUAAUUCGUAUUACAUAUACUUGUGACGAUAGUGCCGCUGAUCGCGGUCGUAGGGUUUAUAUUAAGAUAGUCUUUAGCGACUAAAUAAUUUAUUAUUGUAUACAAAUACAAACGUUCCCCUCCUUUUAUGCGCGCGCAUUUGAUCCACUGACGAACGAAGAGACGACGAUAAAACGAUCUUUAAAUAGAACAAAAUGAAACAACACGAUCGUUAAAUAUUAUAAGAACAAUAAUAAUUAAUUUUCGCCAACGACGGUUGGAUUUCGCGCGCGCGGAAUCACAAUAUUAUUAUUUUAUUAGUUUUUUUUUUAAAUCUCAUAGGACGCGCGAAAACCGAACGACAAUAACUUGGCGUACACCGUAGGUACCUCUAUAUUGUUAUAGACUAUGCGCCUGGAGGAGAUAUCUAUGUCGAGUGCGGACUUACCGAAAACGCCGACGCGCGUCAUCAAAACUUGCUGCUAUUACGAGGCUGUCAUUUUUGUCGAAAUAAUGUUCGUCCAAUUGGACGACCGAUGCGCAAUAGCCUGAAUGUUUCCCACUGAAUAACUUAUGAGUCACGCAAAACUUCUCGGCGAAAUAAAAACAUAGUUAUAGAUAAUGAAAUGUAACGAAUAUAAAAAUAAAUUAUUUAUUCGUAUCGAAUGCCGUAAUAUCAUGUACUACAUACUAUUUUAUUAAUCCCCUCGAUUUCACGAGCAUUAGACGAAUAAUAGAAUGCUGCAAAAAAUCUAACACUUCCACUAAUUAUUUUGAAAUACGCUUUUUUUACGGAAUAAAAAACAAAGAAAAAAUACUCAACAGGUUGGUGCAGCAACCAGAUUAAUCCGUUAUACGUACAAAUAUUGUUUUCUCAGUAAAUAGACUUAUCUGGUUUACUUUUUAUUACUGCAAAUUAUAAUACAUUUUAACACAAUAAUUAGCAAAUAUAAUUCGUAUACGUACAUGCAUAUUCUACUACUUGGUUAAUGUAAAAUAUAGUUUUGUUCCAUUAAAAAUUAAAUGAAUAAUUAUUCAAUAAAAAAAAAAAGAUGAAAACGUUGGAAAAAAUUCUUCAAAUAAGAACAUGACGAUUUAAGUUCAUUAGGUUUUUUUUUAAAUGUUUAUAGAAAACAGUUGAAACCAACAGGUUCUAUACAAUAUUUCCAGCAUCUUUCAUCGAAUUAAAAAUCAUAAAAGAGUUUUUAAUUAUUCCAAAAAGUUUCAGGUUACAUCUGAUUUUAGUAGCAAGCCCUUCAGUCGUCUUCUAACUCAUAGCUUAAAAAUAUAUCUCCGUAAUAACCCCGGGUGAUGGCAAUAUUCUAAAUGACAGUCUUCGGUACCACUCGUAAAAAAUGUUAAAUAAUUAUUAUAGCUUCGAAAUUGCUAAAAAUUAUUGUUAGGACAAUAAAUUUGUGCAGCUUUUUAGCUUAUUGUAUUUAUAAUAUAAUAUUAUAAAAUCUGUUACGGUCUUAGUCUUAUUCUAACGACAUUUCUCGCGCGUCCUAAAAAAUAUUCAUUUAAAUCUAGUCAUUUACUCGUCUAGUCAUUAACAUCUAAUCAUUUACUCGUCUAGUCAUUAACAUCUAGUCAUUUACUCGUCUAGUCAUUCUCAUCUAGUCAUUUACUUGUCUAGUCAUUAACAUCUAGAAUUUAAUUAAUCUAGUCCUUUACAUCCAAUAGUUUUUAAAUUUAUCGGCGUGCGUGUAUCAUGAUAUAAUAAUAAAUAUAAGUACGACAC